AUGUCAAAGUGCAGUUUGAAAGAUGCGUUUGACGAUCUCAAUAGUUUACUUAACACAAAACCAAUAGAAAAUGAAAAGAAAAAGCGUGGAAGACCACCAAAGAAAGAGAAAUCUAUUGCUGCUAAAGAAUUACAAAGAGCACUUCAAAAAAUAUUAAAAAUAUUAGAGGAUGAGCUCUCGAGACCAAAUCUCUUUUAUGAUACCAACACGACUACUUAUCAACAAGCUAUAAGUGAUUUGGGAUAUUUGCUUCAUGAAUACAAAGAUACUAAAGAUGUUGCAAAGAAAUCAGCUGAAAUAUUGAGCCAUAUCGCUUUAAUAGUUAUUAAUAGCGGUUUGCUUGAAAAUGGUCAAGAUGAUUGGGUAAAAAUUGUAAUUGAAACGCUCUCUUUAAUUGAGAAAUUUGUCCAGCAAGAUGAUAUAGAUCGAGAGACAUUUGGAAAACUUUGUCUCAAAAUUCUCUCACAAGCGUUGUUAAAGCAACCUUUCCCAAUCGAUGUCAGAAGAAUGACAGCAAAUGUUAUCAAUGCCCUUCUGACGGGAUGCAAAGAAAACAAAAAGUUAUUAAGCCAAGAACAGUUCUUUAAAAUUUCUGAUCUUGCUUCCUCUAUGAUAUCUGCGUUAGAUUAUGAGCUUCAACUUCGCCAUCUUGAGAUCCUUUUCAGGUUAUGUCCAAGAGUGCAAAAAGAUCGUGAAAUUUUUGCAAAUAAAGCAUUUAUGGAUCAAACUAUUGUAACAAAAUUUCUUGGUAUUACUGCCAACGAAUUUUUCGAGGAUUCGAGAUAUUUCUUGAAUGAGAUCAAUGCAAAUAAUGAUGGGGUAUCAAAAACACCAAAAACUUUUAAAGUUUCACGCAUGAAGUAUAAUAAAUGUGAAUUAUAUAGUCCCGAGGGUCAACGUUACUUCUUUGUGGAUUUUAAUAAAUGGACAAUAUCUAUGACAAUAUCCACAACAAUACCCACAGAGGAGGAUGAUUCUACUGAUAUUGAUGUAAUAGAUAUCAAAUAUUCAAAAAUAUCAUCAUGGGAUUUUCAAUGCCUAAUCUUGAAAUUAUACCUUUCCGAACCUUUGAAACUUGGUGGUCAAAAUCCUUCCGUUAAUGAGCAUGUUCUUAAUAUGACAUUUGAUCCUGUUGAAAGCAGGAUAAAAGAAAGCAUUGAAAGAAUAUUUAAUAAUCAAAAAGUUAAAUCAAGAACACAGCAACCAAAGGUGUCUGUUUCCAUAGGAAUUUUACAGCCGCAUUCUUCUUCAUUCAAUGCAGCAACCGCUCUUGAUACUCUAUCGAAAUCUUUAGAAGCUUCUAAAACACCUACAUCUAAACGAAUUGAUAGACAUAUUAACAUACCAAAAGAAACAGAUUUCGAUGAAGAAGCUACUCUAGUGAAUGUUGAUGAAUCUCAAAAUAAUUUAUCUACAUUCAGUAAUAUUCUUGCGAAAAGUCGUAGUCAAUUGUCAAAAAAUAUUACACCACCUCCUUUACCAAUGUCAUCUUCGUCAAAUGAAAAUUCUCCAUGUAACAACACAAAUUCUAUGGAUCAUAAAUCAAUAACGCAAAUACUAGAGAAUAAUUACAAUGUCAAUCAUAGAUAUGCUUUUCCACCACCAAAACAGCGAACAAAACCAUUGAAUUUGUCUGCUUCAAAGCAAAAAAACAAGAUUAAUAAUAAUGUUGAUCUUGUUAUUGAAAAAGACUGCGAAAAUUCAAUAUUAAACAAUGAAUGUUCGAGUCAAAGUGCCACGCGAAGUUGCCAGAACGUUUCAACAUCUGUCAAUGAUGAGAUAAGAAGGUCGACCGUAAAUAGUAUACAAAAGCGAACAGAUCAACCGAAAUACGGUAAAGAAGAUAUAGUAAAAAGACAACCAGAAUUUAGAAAUGAUAAUACAAAGAAAUCAAAUGGUAAAGAUCUUGAGAAAGUGCGAAACCAAUCAAACGUCGCAAAAAAUCACGAUGUUGCUUCAGUAAAAAACGACAAACGACUUGGUUUACCACACACAAACGAAAAUCGCAACCGCAACUCUUUAAUUGGUUACAAAGGAAGUGCUACAAACCCUGAAAUAGGUCACGGAAGGAGUAAACGAAAAACUCUGGAUUUAAAUGAUGACGAUCCGGAAGACCCAGAGCAGUAUCGAAAUGACGAUCAAGUCAAAGGCAAUUCUAAUUAUCGAGUUGUGACAAAAAAAGGAGGAAAAAAAUUAAUUGUGGUCGAUGAUGAUGAAAGCCAAACAAUGAGCGAAGAAGAAUUUUGGAAUCCAAAGCAAAAAAAUAAUUAUGAUUCCUCCACUGAUAUUGAACAUGUAGAUGUGACCGAUGUACAACGUUUAAAAUCAAAACAUCAAAAGAAUACCGAAAAUAAGGGUGAAAAUAGGCAUGUUUCUUUUAUAAGACGGUUACAAGCAUUUACAAAUUAUUUGGGUGCAGAUGAGGAUAAAGAUGACGAAGAAAUUUCGGUGCAGGAUGAUAUAUAUAUUAUUCAUUCACGAGAUAGUUCACCUACUAUUAAUGAUAAUGACGAAACUGUACAAAAAAAGAUUAAUGAAAUUGAGACUAGUAAGGAACACUAUGAAACAAUAGACGAUGGCACUGAUAAUGAAGAUAAUUUCAUCCCUUCCAACAAAGUCGUGAAUGAACAAAUUAAAUCACAAAAAUUUGCAGAUGAACAGUUGGAUGAGGAAAUCGGAAGUUUAUUGCAACUUGUUGGCGAGGCAAUAUUUAGACAAUUUCAAAGGCAAGACUCUACAUUAUUUCAAGCCUCAGAAAAUGCUAUAAUUCAUAGUGAGACAAAAUUAACUCAAAGUUUGGAAAAACAGUUUGAACGCAAGCGUGAAGUAUUGAAUACAUACAGGAGCAAUUAUACAUUAAUUGCAUCGGAAUCUCAACAGAUGAUGAACAAAUUGAAAGAAGGAAGAAAUGAUCUAGAAACUUUGGAACAGACCUUGAUUGAUAUGGAAAAAAUGGAAUUAGACUUUGGAAUAAAUAUCGAAU